GUCACACUACUUGUCAUCUUAACGACGCCAUGUCUCCGUUCGCAUGAAAAAAUAUUUGUCUGCAAAAAUUGGCCGAUAAAAUAAAUAGAUAAAAGAAAAGCAAUUGUGAAAAGUGUGGAAAGUGUAGAGCUUUAGUAAACAACAUAAGCUGAGAAGAUGGCGCUGCAGACGUACGGUGAUAAGCCGGUGGCAUUCCAACUGGAAGAGGGCGGCGAGUAUUAUUAUGUGGGCUCCGAGGUGGGCAAUUAUAUGCGACAUUUUCGCGGCAUCCUGUACAAGAAGUAUCCUGGGAUGACACGAAUUGUGCUCUCCAACGAGGAACGCAAGCGUUUGGCUGACUCCGGGCUAAGUUCACACAUAUUAGCGAGCUCAGUGUCGUUGCUGCGUGCUGUCGAAGUCGAUGACAUUAUGGCCGGUAACGACGAAAAAUAUCGCGCUGUUUCCGUGAACACCUCGGACACACCUGUGCCGCGUGAGAGCAAGUCAAAGAAGCAACCACAAUACGUUCCAACGAUGCCCAAUUCAAGUCAUUUGGAUGCAGUGCCUCAGGCCACACCCAUCAAUCGUAACCGGGUGCAUACCAAGAAGGUGCGCACGUUUCCCAUGUGUUUUGACGACACAGAUCCAACGGCAAGUCUGGAAAAUGCAGCACAAAAGGAAUGUCUGGUUCCCAUACGCCUGGACAUGGAGCUGGAGGGACAGAAGCUGCGUGAUACUUUCACAUGGAACAAGAAUGAGAGCAUGAUAACACCCGAACAGUUUGCCGAGGUCCUAUGUGAUGAUCUCGACCUGAAUCCCCUGCCAUUUGUUCCAGCAAUUGCCCAAGCAAUUCGCCAACAAAUCGAAGCGUUUCCUAACGAUCCACCAAUUCUAGAGGAAAGCUGCGAUCAGCGUGUUAUUGUCAAACUUAACAUUCACGUUGGCAACACCUCCCUGGUCGAUCAGGUUGAGUGGGACAUGUCCGAGAAGAACAACAAUCCUGAAGAGUUUGCCAUCAAGCUGUGUGCUGAAUUGGGACUAGGCGGUGAAUUUGUGACGGCGAUCGCAUACAGCAUACGCGGUCAGUUAUCGUGGCAUUGCCGCACCUAUGCAUUCAGCGAGGCUCCUUUAUCCACCAUUGAUGUACCGUUUCGUAAUCCAAGUGAUGCGGACGCCUGGGCGCCUUUCCUAGAGACGCUAACUGAUGCCGAGAUGGAGAAGAAGAUACGCGAUCAGGAUCGAAAUACACGACGCAUGCGACGUUUGGCGAAUACAACAACGGGCUGGUAAAUCGCGAUAUAUAUGUAGGUGGAUUUUGUUACUAUAAUAUUCUCUCAUUAUUUUUUAUUACUGGAAAAGAAUUGUACACCCCUGUCACUAUAAAAAUAGAGCUUCUUCGAGCUCACUUGCGUACAAUUGUUUUCCCAGUUCUAGCAAUAGUAGUGAUUGCAAAAUAAAUCGAAUAUUUGAGUAUGCAAA